AUGGCCGGCGCCAUCGCCCUGGCUAUCCAGGCAAACCAACACGCCGCCAUCGCAGAGCAGCAGAGCGGCGACCACGACAUCCAGCAGCCAGAUGCCGUCUCAGAGCACACGCCGCCCGCCCAGGCAAAGGGCAAGUCAGGCAAGUCGACCCGCACUCGCACCGGCUGCCUCACGUGCAGGGACCGCCAUCUGAAGUGUGACGAGGGCUCGCCCAGCUGCCAGAACUGCCUCAAGUCGAAUCGAGAGUGCAGAAAGGGCAUGCGCAUCAACUGGAUUGACACCCAAGUCAAGGCGCCGCCGCACCUCAUCCCGCCCACUGACAACUGGACCGUCGAGUUCAAGGACGAGUCGCGUAAAACUGCUUCCGAGUACAUAGGGGGCAUUGAGAUGUACCCAGCGCGCGGUUCAACACAUUCAAGUACUCGCAGUUUCGAGCCGACUGCCUACCAAAACACGUAUGCCCAUCAUCAUCGCAUUUCUACUUAUUCAGACAUGGCAUCUGAGUACGGCUCCCAGGGCGGCUACGCUCCGAUGAGAUCGUUCCAGAACCCCCAACAGCACCAACUCGCCCAUUCAACACCCUCAGAUGGUAUGAGCGCACAGGCCUCGGUCAACGCCUUCAUGACGCCUAACCCUGAGGACCAUCACUUGUCCCGCCCUGAUGCCCGGGAUCUGCAAGAGCUCGAUGGACCGGACUAUCUCGUCGACCAGGAGGAAGUGCUCUUUAUGCAAGUUUUCGUCGAAGAAGUCGGCAUAUGGAUGGACAGUAUGGAUGCUAAGAAACAUUUCUCUCGUCAACUUCCUUUCCACGCUCUCAAGGAACCCAUGCUCCUCAAUGCUUUUCUGGCUUCCGGUGCGAGACAUCUUGCGCUGGUUAACAAACGUUAUAGUCAAGACAGAGCACUGAAGUACUAUGACAAGGCGACGAAACACCUGUUAGACGCGCUACAGGAUCCCAACAGAGACACGGUGCUGUGUGCGACUACGGCCGUUAUCCUGAACGUUUACGAAAUCAUGGGUGAGCGCGCGCUCCAACGCAUGAACCACAUUGCUGGCGCACGAGCUCUCAUCAAGGAAUGCGGCUGGAACGCCCGAUCGAGCGGUAUCGGUGCUGCAUGCUUCUGGCUUAACGUCGGCAUGGAGCUACUCAGCUGUUUGCACUUCAAUUGGCAGGUUGCCUGGGAUCCAGAUGACUGGGGCAUCGACAUGAACCUUGAGCCCGAGACCGAAUCCGGACGUGAAGAGCUCUGGACUCAUCGUAUCGUGUACAUUGUCGCCAAAGUCUGCAACUUCCGCGCUUCGAUACCCCGAGAUGAGGAGGCUGCAAAGCAAAGUGCGCAAGCUCGCUAUGUCAAAUGGAUCGGUCUUACGGAGCUCGCUGACCGAUGGAAUACUUGCAUUCCUAGGACGAUGCAUCCCAUGGCAUAUCUCUACCCCGGACAAACACUCUCUGGCUCGUGUUUCCCAGAAGUUUGGCUUAUAAAGCGAGCCAGUAUAGUGGCACGCCUGUUUUAUCACACCUGCAUGUGCUUGCUCGCACAAAUCAACCCUCUUCAGAACUCGCAGUCUCCGGAGAUGCAUCAAAUGCUUACCGAGCAUUCGCAACUCAUCUGCGGUAUCAGCGCCCACGUCAAGGACCGUGGCGUUGCUUCUGUGGCCCUCCGCUCCCUCCACAUCGCAGCCGAGUGUCUCACCCGCCGAGAUGCUCAAGAAGAGGUCCUUACCAUCGUUGACAAGAUUCGUACGGAGACAGGUUGGCGCGUAGGCUUCAUCAACGAUGAGCUCAAAGAGAAAUGGGGAUGGAAUCAUCAGGAUCAACAGCCAGUUCAGCCGCCACAACAGCAACAGCAACAGCAGGCUUCCGCACCGCAAUUACAACCUCGGCCACGCAUGUAUCCGAUGAUGAACCCCUUGGCUGGCGCUGAUUUCAGUAAUGCUCAGCAUCCCUACCAGGAACAUUACAUACCGCCGAAUGUGAAUAUCAUGCAACAGCAGGACCUGUUGCAGCAACAUGGUGUAGCACCACAUCAUCAGCAAGCUCCGAAUAAUGCCUACCCUUACUACUAG